AUGGCAGCCAGUGUUUCCAACUCAAACUCAAAGGACUCAAUUCCCUCUAGCAUGUCCACCGAUGCCAUUAUCCAUUCUCGAAUAACGAACGAUGAGCGACCGCUUCGUCGCGUCGUCAAGAAAUUUCACAACUAUACGGCGGUCGCACAUGCACCUAUCAUACCUACGAAUGCGAGUCCGAGUGGCACUACGGAGGACGCUCGAGAGGCUUUUCUAGUCGAAUUGGCAUCGUUCCAGUUGUCGUUGAAAAAGAGCAUGAUGGUGUGCGAGGCUGAGGCGCGCCAGGUGGAGGAGUAUCAGAGAGAAAGACAGAGGAUAGAGGACGAACACGGGUCACUACGCGGCCAGAUAGAACAACUGAAAACCUCUUUAGAGCAUGCACAUAUGGAACGCCGGCGGAAGAUGGAAUACGACCUGAUUGCAGAGAAGAUCAACACACUGCCAAGCAGAGAGGAGCUAGAGCAGUCUAUACAAGCUUUGGAGAACGACAUGGCAGCUAUUCGCACAGAACAUGAGACCCAGGAUCGUACCAUUCGGGGUCAAAAAGUAGCACUAGAUGGCAUUGUCCUGGAUCUGGGUUCGUUGCGCUUAAUGGGGAAGGAUAAAGAGGCUGCAGCCUCUCGACUGGCAUCACCAGCUGCUACUCCCGCCCCAGAGAACACCGAUAUGGAUGAUACUGAAUCAGGCGUGCAAGGAAGCUUAGGGAACGAACUCGAGAGUGGCAAUGACGGUGGAGAAGUAGGCGAGGUAGACGAAAAGGAAGACGGGGAGGAUAAAGACUCUGUUGACGUUCCCCUGUCUGCUGUAUUAAACGCAAAGGCAAUGUUUGGGCGGUCACACAGUUCAUCCACUACAUCGGACUCACAACGUCGGCUUCGGUCAUCCGCAGGUCAAAAUAGAAAAGACGAUGAAGACGAUAUCGAAAUGGGGGAGGUAGCAGAAGAUCACAAAUCCGGUAAAGGGAAAAAGAAAUUCAGAGAAGAACUGGAGGAGGGUGAAGCAAGCGAUUCUAGUAGUGCAUUAUCCGAUCCUCCAGAGGACUAG